CACUGACAUUUCAUAAAAAGGCAAUUAUUUGUUCAACAACAUUGCAAAACAUUUUCAAUUUAGCCCCAGGACGGAACCGCAACACGUUUGAUGAUCAUGAAAUAUUUCAAAAUAUUAACACUCAUGAUAGUUUACGGCCUGGUCGCCGCCAUUGAGGCCAGUGGUGAGGAGGAAUUUAAAAAUAUUAAAGCUGCCUGUGAGCAGGAACAUCCUCUCGAUUCGGAUGAGGUAAUCGAUUUUGGUGAAGACCCCGCAAAUAAUGUAAACGAUCACGUCAAGUGUUUCCUGGAGUGUUUGUUCAAAAAACAAAAUAUCCUCAAGAAUGGCAUUGUCGAUGUGAAGGCUUUAAUUAAGUCCUUGGAAAUUUAUCCUUCGUUUAAGUCACGUAAUCAUCAGGUUUUGCAGGCUGUCGAUAAUUGCCAUACCGAGAGGGGGCCAAAUGAUUGUGAAACUGCCUACAAAUUGAUGAUGUGUUUGAAAAAUCAUGCUGCCGAUGUCUAUGGCAAUGAAUAGCCUUUCAAUGAAAAUGUGUCAAUUUAUUAUUCAUAAAAAAGUUGUAUGCAAAAAUACAUAAAUACACGACUUUGUUUUACACUUGUUGUUAUUGAGAUA